UCAAAAAUACAUCUGCGAGCAGGACUGCCUCCUUCGGAAUUGUUUUUGUGUAGCCAGGUGAUAAAUACAGACAAGAGAAUGGCGCGUGAACAGAAUUUAAACAGGAGAUACGGGAGAACAGCUACAGAGGAUUUAUCGAAUGACACCAGUGCUUUAAAACCAUACAUUUUGGUAGCAAUCGCGGCAAUUGCGUGUUACUUGAACUCCUUGUUCGGCGAGUUUGUUUAUGAUGACUUCGAAGUCAUCGAGACGAACGCAGAUGUUAGGCCGUCAACGCCAAUUUCUAACCUGUUUUCAAACGACUUUUGGGGCAUUCCGUUAAAAAGAAACGAUUCUCACAAAUCUUAUCGUCCUAUAACUGUUUUGACAUUCCGCUGGAAUUUCCUCGCUGGAGGCCUCAAUCCAAUAGGAUACCACUUCAUCAAUGUGGUUUUACAUAGCAUUGUCUCGGCGUUAUUUUUCCAUACAUGCAUUAGGAUUUUAAAUGGCAACGUUGGUUCUAAAACUAAAUCACUUCCUCUUCUUUGUGGUAUGCUCUUUGCUCUUCAUCCGAUACAUACAGAGGCUGUAGCUAAUGUCGUGGGUCGUGCAGAAAUCCUCUGUGCCUUGUUCUACCUCUUAGCCCUGUUGUCGUACAUAAAUUGUUUUCCUGAUGGGACCACAGAGGACAGCAGUAAAAGACCAGCUAAGUAUUCAAGGGUUUGGCUUGCUUCGUGCAUCUUCUGGUGUGUGUUGUCUCUCUUUAGCAAAGAACAAGGCAUCACAGUUUUAGAAGUUUGUAUUGCUUACGAUUUGGUUUUUGUCUGCAAGUUUAAAGGGGAACAUUUACUCAAAAUAUUUUCUUCGCCUGCGGUUUUAUUAAGACAAUGGCCAAAGUGGGCCGUUCGAUUGGUCGAAAGAUUUUCCAUCCUCGGCUUGGCGUCUGUAAUUCUUCUGUACCUGAGAAUUGUAAUCAUCUCUGGAGGUUUUGUCCUUUCUUUCACUGAGUCCGACAAUCCCACAUUGUUUCAUCCUGACGUAUGGACUCGAUUUAGGACUUACUCUUAUUUGUGCGCGCUAAAUGCGCGACUUCUACUGUGUCCGAACAGCCUGUGUUAUGAUUGGUCCAUGGACAGCAUAUCCCGGAUUGAAUCAUGGUGGGACAUGCGCAAUAUGCAAACGCUCGUGUUCAGUGGUAUACUUGUUUGUUUGUGCUGUUAUGGUCUUCAGUCUUCAACUAUACCGUCUUCUAUACCGUCUUCAACUAUAUCGUCUUCAACUAUACCGUCAACUAUACCUAGAAAGUCUAAGAAAAGUUCUUCAAAGCCACUAGAUUCUAAUGAAAAUGAUAUUCAUUUAAGAGAUGAUUUUAGGAAUGCAGAGUCUCAGCAUUGUGGACUGAAAAUGGAUGAGUGCGAGUCUCCACAAAGAAGACGAGUUGUGAUGUUUUCAUUGGCUUUAUUGAUCAUACCAUUUCUACCAGCUUCCAAUCUCUUCUUGCCCGUUGGGUUUGUUGUCGCCGAGAGAAUUCUUUACAUUCCCAGUAUGGGACUCUGCAUUUUGGUUCCAUUUGGAAUCUCAAUCUUGUUUGGAACCCAAACAAAGGUGGAAGAAGAUUCCUCAACACAUGAGAACUCUGAUAAAAUGUUAGUGCAAAAAACUUCACGUACAAGUUGGAGUUUUGGUCUUUCUGCCACUGGUAUGGUUUUAGUUCACAGCCUUCUGUUGUUGUUCGCUGCAAAGACAGUACGCCGCAAUUCAGAAUGGCUGAACAAGGAAGCGCUGGCCCGAUCAGGACUGAAAGUGAACCCCACUAACGCUAAGAUUCACGUUAUGCUUGGAAAUGUUCUUGCAAAGAAGGGUCUUUUGGCAUGUGAAAAACAUUACCGUGAGGCCUUGCGUCUGAGACCACAUUACGUUGCAGCCUGGGAGAACCUGGGUCUAGUGCUCCUGAACACAGAUAGAGCACAAGAAGCUGAGAAGUGCUACCUUAAAGCGCUGUCAAUCAAACCAAACAGUGCAGACGGCAACAUUAACCUGGCGCACUUGUUUAGAGUGACCAGCAGAUGGAAAGAAGCGGAUGCACAGUAUGAGAAGGCGCUAUCCCUCAGACCCAACAACCCACAACUGCAUUACUUUCAUGGAGUCGUUUUGGAGAAGCUUGGAAAACGAAAGAAAGCAGAAGAGAAAUAUAUAAAGACAACAAAAUUAACACCUUCAGACCCAAUACCUUUCUUCUCGCUUGGGAAGAUGCUCUUGUGGCCGCUUUUGAGGAAAAAGGGAAAAAAUGGAACCGAAAAAGUAAUCAAAAAGGGGGAGGAGUACCUGAGGAAAGGAUUAGCAUUGGAUCCACUGGACAUCAACAGCCGUCUUCUGCUCGUUCAAGUUCAGCUUAUGAAGGGCGAACUCGAUUCCGCUGAAAAAGAAGUCCGUUUUGUUCUCGCUCAUGAUGAGUACAACAUCAACGCCGAGUACAUCUUAGGAGGAAUUCUAGAGCUCAAAGGUUUACUUAAACAAGCCAGACAUUAUUUUCUUGAUGUUCUAAAAAAAGAUCAUUUACACAAAGGAGCAAUCACAGCGCUACAACGUAUAGCUAAAAAGGUUAAAUAGAUUGUGCAGUUUAUUUUAUAGUUAUUAAAAAUAGAUAGUGCCCGUUGAGUUAUUUAAAAAAAAACGUUUAGUCAAUAUACGUGCAAAUUACAAUAUCUUGUGUUCAACCUAAUUGCGGAGACUGAGUGGCCGUUUCCUUUUUAAGGAGAUGAAUAAUCAUGCGAAAACAAAAACAGGAAUUUUAUUGAUUUGGAGCAUUUUUAAUUGAUUGUCGUAAAACCAAAACUGAAGUAAUCACAACAGCCUAUUGAGGACUCAAGGUAAAAUGACAAACGACCAAAAGCGCGGGAAAACGCGGGCGACCAAGUCACGGUUGGGUAUCGGUUGGCGUCUGAUUGGUUGGGAGCAUGGUGGCGCGAAUUUUCUAGACCAAUCAGAGACCGAUUUGAAGCAAAAUCAAAGGAAUCCCGGAUUACUUUCGAAACUCAAUUGAAAAGUGCUUUGUAUAUGAGCAGAUAAAAAUUAUCCAAAUAUUAGUA